CCUAAUCUCUUGGGUUAACUGAUCGAUCAAUCUGUCUAACUGAACCUGUAGGUGUUUUAAUUGGUUCAUAUUUAAUUCAAAAGAUAAAACUGGAAUUUCAAACGAUCGGUAAUUUCUUUGUCACUGAAUGGUUAGCUGGAUUAGGUAAAACAAAAAAAAAAAAAAAAAAAAAACAAGAAAAAGAGCGCACUAACUAGAAGAGAAUGAAAGUGUGCUGCUGCUGGCGCAUUGCACUCCCCUCAGCACUCUCCUGAUUGGUCACGUCAUUUAGAGAAAACAAAACCAAGGCAGUCCCAAUUUGAAUUUGCACACACUAUAAAAACACAGACCCCAUUUCUCUUCUACGCAAACAAGGACGCUUCCCAACUAAGCUAUUGCGCAAUGUCUUUAUGCCUUUUCCUUCCGUUUUCUAGGGUUUCAAUUUUCACUUCUCCACUCUGAAAUUUCACCAUGAUUCCCUCCUCCAACCACCACCAUCAAUAUCCUUCCCGCCACCGUCAAUUCCGCCCUCCUCCCCAUCUCGUCCGCCAACUCCACCAACGUGUGUUUAUACUAAAACUCUUCUUAAAUCACCACCGUAGCAGUAGCAACAACAGCGGCAACCGUAGUACAGCUUUAAUUGACUCGAUUGUUUCACAAUGUAAUCCGAAACCCUUCAAAUCCAACACAAGACCAGGUAGUGGUACUCUAGUGGCUACACUUGUAUUUCACCACCAAAUUGAUGCGCUUAAUGCUUUUGUUUUCCUUUGGGAAAAACGUUUGUUGGGUGAUCAUUUAUUUACUCCUAUACUUGAUUUUGGUGUUAAUGAGGAAACUAAUGAGAAAGUCAGGAAUUUGUUUCAAUUGCAUGUACAGAAGCUUCUAGAAAGUGGGGUUUUAGAGAACUUGGAGUUGAAGGUUAAUGAAUUGUCUCUUGAACUUGAUAAAGUUUCGGACUUGCUAAAAAAACCUAAGGGUUUGAAAGCAUUCAGUGAAAUUGAAGUGAAAAAGAAGAGAUUAGUUGAUGAAAGGUAUGGGAUGAUUAGGAGAAUUGAGGAAUUUAAGUUUGGGGUUAAGUGUGUGAUAGAUUAUUUAGAAAGGAGAGAAGUUGAUGAUGAUGAUGAUGAGGAGAACCAGUUGAGGGUAUUAGGAUUUAAAAAUGGGAAGGGUUGUAGGUGGAGUAAGUUGCAUUUUCUUUUGUUGAGAGAAUGUCAAAGGCUUGAAGAUGGUUUGCCUAUAUAUGGAUUUAGGAGGGAGAUUUUGAAGCAAAUACAUUCACAUCAGGUAAUAGUCUUGAUUGGAGAGACAGGUUCCGGGAAGAGUACCCAGUUGGUACAGUUUCUUGCUGACUCUGGCGUUGCUUCCAGUGGUUCUAUUUUGUGUACUCAGCCUCGUAAAAUUGCUGCCAUUUCCUUGGCAAAAAGGGUUGAUGAGGAAAGCAUUGGUUGUUAUGAAGAUAACUCAAUUGUCUGUUUUCCAACUUAUUCAUCUGCCCAGUGGCUUGAUUCUAAGGUAAUAUAUAUGACUGAUCACUGUCUGAUGCAGCAUCUCAUGAGAGACAAGACUUUGUCUGGAGUUUCAUGUAUCAUUAUAGAUGAGGCUCAUGAAAGAAACAUGAAUACUGAUCUUGUCUUGGCCUUGAUUAGAGAAUUACUUAUUGAUAGGCGUGAUCUAAGGCUUGUUAUAAUGUCUGCAACAGUUGAUGCGACCAAAUUAUCAGAAUACUUCUUUGGUUGUGAAACCUUUCAUGUAUUAGGGAGAACUUUUCCAGUUGAGAUCAAGUAUGUUCCUGGUGCCUCUGAAGGGUCUUCUGGUUGCUCGCCUGGUGCUAAUAAUAUUGCUCCAUACGUCUCUGAUGUUGUUAAGAUGGCAAUGGAGAUCCAUCAAGUGGAGAAGGAAGGGUCAAUUCUUGCCUUUUUGACUUCCCAGCUGGAGGUAGAAUGGGCUUGCGAAAAGUUUGAGUCACCCUCUGCAAUUGCAUUAGCAUUACAUGGUAGGCUUUCCCAUGAAGAGCAAUGUCGUGUUUUCCAGAAUUACCCAGGGAAGAGAAAAGUUAUUUUUGCUACAAAUUUAGCUGAAACAUCCUUGACAAUUCCAGGGGUAAAGUUUGUAGUUGAUUCUGGUUUGGUCAAGGAAAGCAGGUUUGAACCUACAUCUGGCAUGAAUGUCCUCAGAGUUUCCAAGAUUAGCCAGAGUUCUGCUAAUCAACGAGCUGGUCGUGCUGGUCGAACGGAACCCGGCAAGUGUUACCGACUUUAUCCAGAAUUUGAUUAUCAGUCAAUGGCUUUCCAUCAGGAACCUGAAAUUUGUAAAGUUCACCUUGGUAUUGCAGUGCUUAGGAUCCUUUCUCUGGGUAUUAAGAAUGUGCUGGAAUUUGAUUUUAUUGAUGCUCCUAGUGCAGAGGCAGUUGAUGCGGCCAUCAGGAACCUUGUGCAGCUAGGUGCUGUAACCUGCAAAAAUGGUACUUUUGAAUUAACUAUGGAUGGGCAUUACUUGGUUAAGUUGGGUAUUGAGCCCCGACUUGGGAAAAUAAUUCUUGACAGCUGCCGUCAUGGUUUGCGGAAGGAAGGAGUUGUUCUUGCUGCUGUUAUGGCAAAUGCAAGCAGCAUAUUUUGCAGAAUUGGUACUAAUGAUGAUAAAUUAAAAUCAGAUUGCCUUAAGUUGCAAUUCUGCCAUCAGGAUGGAGAUCUCUUCACAUUGCUUACUGUUUACAGGGCAUGGGAGGGGAUAUCUCCAGAUAAUAGAAAUAAAUGGUGCUGGAAUAAUAGCAUCAAUGCAAAAACUAUGCGCAGAUGCAAAGAGACUGUGCUAGAUUUGGAGAACUGUUUGAAGAAUGAACUUAGUAUCGUUAUUCCGACGUACUGGGUUUGGAAUCCUUAUGUUGUUACAGAGCAUGACAGACAUAUUAAGAAGAUAAUACUUUCUUCUUUAGCAGAUAAUAUUGCUAUGUAUUCUGGGUAUGAUCGUCUUGGUUAUGAGGUGGUUUUGAGUGGAGAAUACUUUCAACUUCAUCCUUCAUGUUCGUUGCAAGUGUAUGGUCAAAAGCCAAACUGGGUUGUCUUUGCUGAACUCUUAUCUGCAUCCAGUCAAUAUCUUGUCUGUGUUACUGGCAUUGACUUUGAUAGUUUGUCCACCAUUAGUCCUCCUUUAUUUGACAUCUCAAAGAUGCAGAGUAAAAAAUUGCAGUUGAGUGUGAUCAAAGGAUUUGGUCUUACUGCUCUGAAAAGGUUUUGUGGAAGGUCCAAUAUUAGCUUGCUUUCUCUUCUUUCUCGCAUACAGGCAGAAUUCAUGGAUAAGCGGAUUGGUAUUGAAAUCAGUGUGGAUAACAAUGAGAUUCUAUUAUAUGCAUCUGUGGAACACAUGGAAAAGGUUUAUGACCUUGUUAAUGAUGCAUUAGAAUAUGAAUUGAAAUGGUUAAGUAAUGAAUGCCUGGAGAAGUGCUUGUAUCACGGGGGACGAGCUGGUGCUUCUCCCCCAGUUGCUCUUUUUGGAGCUGGUGCAGAAAUCAGGCACCUGGAAUUGGAGAACAAGUUUUUGAGUAUAGAUGUGUUCCUUUCAGAUGAAAGUUCUCUAAAUGACAAGGUGAUCUUGACAUUCUUUGAGAAAUCUGUUUCUGGGGUGUGUGGUGUUCAUAAAUUUGCAGGCAGCAGACUGGAUGCUGAUCAUGUGGAGAAGUGGGGCAGGUUGACAUUUCUUACUCCUGAAGCAGCUAGAAAAGCAUUAGAGUUCAAUGGAUUUAAUUUAUCUGGCUCUAUACUUAAACUGUCCCCUGCUAGUGCUGCUAGUGGUCAUAAAGUAUCAUCAUUUGCUGCAGUCAAAGCUAAAGUUACUUGGCCACGGAGGUACAGUAAAGGAUAUGCCAUUGUUAGAUGUGAAAGAAAUGAAGCUGCGUUUGUCGUUCAAGAUUGCUUUAAUCUGCUGAUUGGAGGAAGGCUGGUUUAUUGUGAGCUCAGCACAAAGGAUAUAGACUGCAUUGUCAUCAAAGGAUUGGAUAGAGAUACUUCCGAACAAGAAAUUCUUGAAGUUCUGCAAAUGGCCACAAAUAGGAGAAUUUUGGAUGUCUUUCUGAUACGAGGAGAUACUGUAAAUAAUCCUCCUCUGGGUGCCUGUGAGGAAGCAAUUCUCAAGGAAAUUGCUCCUUUCAUGCCUAACCAGAUCCCCUUGAGCAAUUACUGUCAUGUUCAGGUCUUUCCUCCUGAACCAAAGGAUACUUUCAUGAAGGCUUGGAUCACGUUUGAUGGAAGACUACAUUUAGAGGCAGCAAAAGCGUUGCAACAUAUCCAAGGAAAGGUAAUUGCUGGAUGUUUUUCAUGGCAGAAAAUAUGGUGCCAGCGGGUUUUUCAUAGCUCUGUAUCAUGUCCUGCUCCUGUUUUUCCAUUCAUUGAGAGGCAACUAAAUUCUUUGCUCAAAAGGUUUACGCAUCGACCUGGUGUACAUUACAGUUUAGAAAGGAAUGAAAAUGGCUCCUACAGAGUAAAAGUAUCUGCCAAUGCAACAAAAACAGUAGCAGAGUUGAGGAGGCCACUGGAGCAGCUAAUGAAUGGAAAAAAGGUAGAUCAGGGUAGGCUUACCCCAGCAGUUCUGCAGCUUCUCUUCUCGAGAGAUGGCAGAUUUCUUAUGAAGACACUACAACAAGAAAUGGGAACUUAUGUUCUCUUUGACCGGCAGAACCUUAGUGUUAGGAUCUAUGGUCCUGAGAAUAAAGUUGCCCUUGCAGAAGAGAAGUUGAUAAGGUCGCUUUUAACCCUGCAUGAUAAGAAGCAAUUAGAUAUCCCUCUUCGGGGUGGAGUCAUGCCACAUGAUCUCAUGAAGAAAGUGGUUGAGAAGUUUGGGCCUGACUUGCAUGGGCUCAAAGAAAAGUUUCCUGAUGCUGUGUUUACACUUAAUGCAAAGCGCCAUAUCAUCUCUUUUCAUGGAAAAGAGGAUUUGAGGCUUAGAGUGGAGAAUAUAAUUCAUGACUUUGCACGAGCUCUAAAUGUUAAUGGAUCUGCUGAGCAACCAGACCUUGAAGCUACUAGCUGUCCUAUUUGCUUGUGUGAAGUUGAGGACUGUUACCAGCUUGAGGCUUGUGCACAUAAGUUCUGCCGGUCUUGCUUGGUUGACCAGUUAGAGUCGGCAAUGAGAGGACGUGAUGGUUUUCCUGUAAGCUGUGCACGAGAAGGUUGUGGGGUGGCCAUUUGGCUCACUGAUUUGAAGUCUCUGCUGCCAUGUGACAAGUUAGAGGACCUCUUCAGGGCUUCUGUGGGGGCAUUUGUAGCAUCUAGUGGUGGAACGUACAGGUUUUGCCCCUCUCCUGACUGUCCUUCUGUUUAUCGGGUAGCAGACACUGGAACAUUUGGAGGUCCAUAUGUAUGUGGAGCAUGCUACACAGAGACAUGUACCAGGUGUCACUUAGAGUAUCACCCGUAUGUGUCGUGUGAAAGAUACAAAGAGUUCAAGGACGACCCUGAUUUGUCAUUGAAAGAUUGGUGCAGGGGAAAAGAUCAUGUUAAAAGCUGUCCAGUAUGUGGGUACAUAAUUGAGAAGGUGGAUGGCUGCAACCACAUUGAGUGCAGAUGCGGCAAACAUAUCUGCUGGGUCUGCUCAGAGUUCUUUAGCAGCAGUGAUGACUGCUAUGGGCACCUGAGAACUAUACAUCUAGCAAUUAUAUGAAGACCAAGCUAACUAUACAAGUUUAACCUUCGUGUACAUAAUUAUGUAUAUACACAUUAUCUAUACAUAGUAAUAUAUGGGAUCUAGGAGCUUGUGUAUAUUAGUUUAAAUUCAGUUCUGUUAGGUUCAUAUCUCCUUUCUGCCGGGCACAGAUGGCUGUUUGCUUCAGUUAAUAGUUCUUUCUUGUUAUUGCUUGAGAAUCUCAGAACAAUAAACAGUAUGAAGAUUUGGUUCAGUUUC